CUAAUCUGAGAUACCAAGGACUGAACUGGCAGGGAAGCAGAAUUACCCUUUUGCUUCUUGAGAUGGUCGUUCAAGUCAGGGUUGAGUUGUGUUAGAGGGACACUAGAGGAUAUUUGCGCUGUUGUUGCACCUCUCCUAUGGACAGCCCAUUUCCAGGGCUGCCUACUGAGCAACUUUCCCACGGAUCAGCAGUAUGUUGCCAGAUUGUUCACAUUUUAAAGGAACUUUUCUAUUUUUAUUUCUAUUUACAGAACACAGUGGCUUCAUUGAGGGUUUUUUUUUCAAAUCUAUUCCACAUACACGUGAUAUAUUUCCUCUUUUAUUUUUUUCCCUUCCUUAUGCAAACCUGUUGGCCAACUCUGAUGUCUCAAGCAGCAGCUAUGCAAAUAUUUAUUAAUGCGACAGUCAUCAAGGGGGAAGAAAGUUGCUUCAUCCCAUUAUACAGGAAACCCUUAACUUCUGCCCCUCUCUGAGGGUGCAGUCAGUGGGAACUGGAGAAGUUCACAAUUAGAGUUGGUUUGACAGACUUUGCUCUCUUGGUUCCUGUUUCACUACAGACUGUCAUUCAUGUAACUGGCAGGUUUUAUCUGUUAUUGAGGAGACUUCCCCAUCAACCUCAAGGCCAGCAUUGUGUCGUGAAGCAAAAUGGAGCUAGCAGAUCUCUUGAAAUUUCUCGUCAUGGAAAUCAAUGGAACAACAGUAACAGUGGCUCUGCUGGUGAUCCUCCUAAUGUUACUCUGUUGGUACUCCACCUCUUCAUUCUCCAGGCUGGAGAAGGUGGGUAUCAGGCAUCCUGCACCUUUGCCUUUCAUCGGAAACCUGCUGUUCUUUCGCCAGCCCAAGGACCCAAUCUCUCAAUCUGAGUUUACAGUGGAGCACCGUCAUUUUUCAGGGAUUUUGGGAAAACCAUACAAAACUGAUCAAGGAGUAUGGACCUGUUUGUGGACACCAGGCUUGGUUACCAAGCCAGUAAUUGACAGCAUUCUCUGUCUGCGGGAUCAGAGGUGGAAAGAAGUUCGGAGCAUACUGACCCCGGCCUUCAGCGCUGCAAAACUGAAAGAGAUGACUCCACUAAUAAACCAAGCAUGUGAUGUCCUGCUGAGUAACUUGAAGGUGUAUGCAGAUUCUGGCAAGGCUUUUGAUAUCCAAAGGAGUUAUGGCUGCUUCACCUUGGAUGUUGUUGCUAGCGUGGCUUUCGGUACCCACGUGGAUUCUCAGAAGAAUCCUGAUGAUACCUUUGUUAAGAACUGCAAAAAGUUCUUUGAAUUUUCAGUGCUUAGGCCCAUCCUAAUUCUAAUAAUUGCAUUUCCAUUCAUAAUGAUCCCACUGUCCCGGAUUUUGCCAAACAAGAGUCGUGAUGAGAUGAAUGGAUUUUUUAUCAAAGCCAUUAAAAAUAUGAUUGCCUUGAGAGAUCACCAAGAUGCAAAUGAGAGGCGCAGAGACUUCCUCCAGUUGAUACUUGAUGCCCGCAGCUCUACUAACUACAUCAGUGUGGAGCACUUUGACAUAGUCAACCAAGCUGACGUUUCCAUUCAGGACCAUAAGCCUCCUGCUGACAAGGCCCUGCUUAAAAAGGUUCAGAAGACAUUGUCUGAGGAUGAGAUUGUAGGCCAAGCCUUCAUCUUCCUGAUUGGUGGGUAUGAGACCACCACCAAUGCCCUCUCCUUUGCCACCUACUUAUUAGCCACCAACCCAGAGUGCCAGGAAAAACUGCUGCAGGAGAUAGAUGAGUUCUCUGUAAAACAUGAUGUUCCUGACUACCAAAAUGUCCAAGAGCUCCCUUACCUGGAUAUGGUGAUUGCAGAGACAUUGCGCAUGUACCCACCUGCAUUCAGGUUCACUCGGGAGACAUCGAAGGAUUGCGUAGUGAUGGGACAGCAUAUUCCAGCUGGCGCCAUAAUAGAAAUUGCAGUUGGACCUCUACAUUAUAACCCUGAGCUCUGGCCAGAACCUGAGAAAUUCAUCCCUGAGAGGUUCACAGCAGAGGCCAAACUGCAGCAGCAUCCCUUCACCUACCUCCCGUUUGGAGCAGGACCUCGCAGCUGCAUUGGCAUGAGGAUGGCUUUGCUGGAGAUAAAGAUGACCCUGCUGCGGAUCUUGCAGAAGUUCAAAUUUGAAACCAGUCCCGAGACCCAGAUUCCUUUGCAGUUGGCAUCUGUAUCGUCACUAGCACCAAAAAACGGAGUUUAUGUUAAGAUAGCACCUCGAUAGAGCAAACCCCCCAUUCUGAAAGCCUCCAAGGUGAUCCAUUGUUCAGUGGCUCGCCGCUAGAUUGGGGGUAACAUUUUCAAAAGUACUUAAGUGACUUGGGAGCCUAAAUCUCAUUGAAAGUCAAUUGGACUUUAAAUGUGUGGGCCAAAAUCCCGCUGAUUUUCAAUGAGACUCAGGCUCCUAAGUCACUUUUGAAAAUGGCACUUAACUACUUCGGAAAGUUUUCCCCAAGCACAUGACUGUGAAUAGUCUCUGAAAAAGCCUCCCACUUUUCAUCAGCCUUAGUUGUCAUAACAGGGCCCACUUCAUUUUACUUAUCUACAUGGGAGUUUGUCCAGGCUCCAGUCUUAGCAGUCUGCACUUCCUCACCUUCAGUAGAUUUUUAUAAGAUGUUGAACAAUCGCUUGUUAGCUAACACGUUUUAACAACAGACCUUUAAAUCCGAGUCUCAAACUCUGAAAGAAAACAUGUGUGGUGGUAACAGCAAGGACUAGGAAUCAGGACACCUGGAUCCUACUCCGAACUCUGCCGUUGACCGAUCUUGAGCAGACAGCCUAACCUCACGGUACCUGUCAAAUGAAGAUAAUGCUUAUUCACCUUUUGUAAAGCGCUCUGAGACAUUUGGAUGAAAUGUGCUCAUAUUAUCCUCUAACUUUUGUUACAAUGGAUUUAAAAAUAAUGGUAAAUGUCUGUACAGCAUUUAAGUUCCUAUAAGCAGGACCAGACCAAAGAAUGUUGUAGACUGCUAUUAAGUUUUGUCCGUUCCUGAAUAGUAUUUAGAGAACCUUGGAAUAUACAAGUUUGAAGUGUUUAGGAGAACGCGGGGAAUUUUAGGGUUGACCUGAAGAUGUUGGCACAGCAGUUUUCCCAGCAUGGCAUGACGCUUUUCCUUUCUAUGCAUUUCAGUUGGCACUAUACUUGGUCAAAGGAAAUGAAGGAGGCUGCAUGAGCUAGUGCUUAAAGCCAAGGAUUGGGAGCCAAGAAGAUCAGUUCCAAUAGCUACACUAACUCAUUAGGUGACCCUGCAGCAAGUCACUUCACCAACUUGUGCCUCACUCAAUCCACAUAGGGAAAGAAUGUGGGUGAAUGCUAGGCCCAGCGGCUGCCUGCAUGUCUUCACAGUCAAAGCAGCACUUAUUUGAUUCUUCAGGACUGUUUGCCCACAGCAUCUGCAGUAGCUAAAAGCAAAUUUUUCCUUGUUUGGCAUUUUUCCAUAUUUGCACACAUGGACCAAACGGUCUCUUCCGCUGCAUCCUGGCCCACCCCAGCAAUGGCUCAAACUAAAGUUUUGGGGGGCACAUGAUACCUAGAUAGAGGCAGAAAGUUUACUCCAUACCCAACCCUAGGUAGAAAAUUGAGAAAAAGGAAGAAAGUUAUCAUAGGCCCAAGUUUUUGUGUGUGUCCCUGUUGCAGGCUCCUAUGUGGGCUAGUGGAGUGUCACUGAGCAUCCUUCAAACUGGGACACUGACCAUUACAGCUGCAGCAUGAUUAGAAUUCCCAGCAGCUUCUACUGCUUCUUAAGCCUCAAGGAACUGUGGCCCAGAUCCUCAGAGGUAUUCCACUGAUUUCAGUGGAAGUCAACAAGCCUAAACACCUUUGAGGAUGUGGGCACUUGUCCCUUCCCAGGCAGACUAGCAGCACCGAUGACAUUACAGAUCACUAGAGGAAGUUCUAUCCACUGAAGAAGGUAGGUCUCAGUUGGAGAGUAAGGUGGUAAGAGGCAGCCUUCCAAGUGUUUGGGGGAGAUGUAUAUUAUUUUCUUUAAACAUAGGGCCCUACUUUUGUUUCCAUUGCGGGCUGAGAUCAUGAACAAGAGGAAAGGAGGAGGUUGGUGAAGUUUAUUCGUUUUGCCAAAAAAUAGGUUAUUUCCUCCACUGUGAAAUUAAAUUUCCUGACGUUCCAGUCAGCUGAGCACUCAUGAGUACUUUAAAAAAGCCCAGUGAGCUUUUGAUUAAACUUAACCUCAGACUG